AUCUCAUUCAUCUUUCCAUAAUUCCAUGGCAUCAUCUCCAAAACUUUUUUCAUCCUUCCACAACACUACUCAUAAUCUUCAACGACGUCCUUCAUCUAGCCAUUUCUUAAGUCCCAAAAAACUAAGUCUCCAAAUUAAUCCAAACUCACCAACUCUCAUAACUUGUUCAUCUUUACCAAUCCUAACUUCAAAAACCCAAAUCCAAAACCCCCUAAAAUACGAAAAGCAAGAAAAGUUUCAAGCUUUUAAAGAAGAUAAUAGACCUCUAAAUGAAAUUUGGCCUGAAAUCCAAGGCUCAAAUGACUGGGACACCCUUUUAGACCCCAUGAACUCCCACCUCCGCCACGAAAUCAUUCGCUACGGUGAGUUUGCUCAAGCAUGCUAUGACUCUUUCGACUUUGACCCUCGAUCCAAAUAUUGUGGAACAUGUAAAUACCAAGGUAUUUAUUUCUUUGAAAAGCUUGAUCAUAUGGCUAAUUAUGGAUACCAAAUUAGUCGUUACCUUUAUGCAACUUCCAACAUCAAUCUUCCAAAUUUCUUUCAAAGAUCUAAAUUAUCAAGUGUUUGGAGCCAACAUGCUAAUUGGAUGGGCUAUGUAGCUGUGGUAACCGACGAGCAGGAGGUUCGUCGGUUAGGCAGGAGAGAUAUUGUGAUCGCAUGGCGAGGUACUGUAACGUACCUCGAAUGGAUCCAUGACUUAAAAGAUAUACUACAUCCUGCUCAUUUUAGUGAUGAUCCAUCAAUCAAGAUAGAAUCCGGAUUCUUUGAUUUGUACACGACAAAAGAAGAUGCAUGUGAUUAUUGUUCAUUUUCGGCUCGUGAACAAAUUCUUUCCGAUAUCAAAAGAAUCAAAGAAAGAUAUCAAGGUGAAGAGCUUAGUAUAACCAUAACCGGACAUAGUCUUGGGGCCGCACUUGCUUUAUUAAGUGCUUAUGAUAUCGCGGAGAUGGGAUUGAACUAUACAAAUAUGGGAAAGAAGAUCCCUAUAACGGUGUUCUCAUUUUCGGGCCCAAGGGUAGGUAACUUGAAGUUCAAGGAACGCUGUGAUGAACUAGGGAUUAAGGUUUUACGUGUGGUUAACGUGCAUGAUAAGGUACCUAAAGUACCGGGCAUUUUUGCUAAUGAAAAGAACAAACAUCAAAAGUACAUAGAAGAACAUAUUUCAUUUCCAUGGAGUUAUGCACAUGUUGGAAUCGAACUCGAGUUAGAUCAUAUGGAGUCGCCGUUUUUAAAGCAAAGUAAAGAUAUAAGUAAUGCACAUAAUCUUGAAGCAUUGUUACAUUUGGUUGAUGGCUAUGGUGGUAAAGAUUUAGGGUUUUGUAGUAGUGCAACAAAAAGAGAUAUUGCACUUGUGAACAAGAGUUGUGAUUUCUUAAAAGAGGAGUAUGGGGUGCCGGCGUAUUGGCGGCAAGAUGAGAACAAGGGUAUGGUUAGGGGUGGCGACGGGCGGUGGAUCUUGCCAGAGCGGCAACGGUUGGAUUCUCAUCCACCUGAUACGGCUUACCACCUCGAACAAGUUUUCAAGUUUGCUGCCAAGUCUACCUUAAAGGCACUUUGAUGGACAUAUAUAUACGUGACACGUACACAAGAAAUAAUUAACCUAUAGUUUGUAUAACAUAUAUAUGUAUAAACAAAUUAACUAAGAUCUAAUUAUUUUGUGUUUCAAAUGGAAAGCUAGCUAGCUGUUUUUACA